AUGUCGUCUUUUCUGGGCUACAUCUUCUCCUUUUUCAAGGGUUACGCCGCCCUCGUCGUCGCCCUCUACAUGUUGUCCUUCGUCGUUCCAAAGGCCGCCUUCGCCGCCCGCGUCCUCGCCUCCUACAUCUCGCUGGUGUUGGCGGCUGGCUGGGGUGUCUUCGCCUCCAUCUUUUUGCGUCUCAUUGGCGAGCAGGGCAUCGCGCAGUGGAUGGCCGGCCGCGCUUUCAGCUAUCUCAUGGCCCUGACGACAGGCAUCACCUUUGAGGUCAUCGAUCCCAACAACGUCCUCAACAAUACCCGCCCGGCCGUCUUCGUCGGCAACCACCAGACCGAGCUCGAUGUUCUCAUGCUGGGCGCCAUGUUCCCCAAAUACUGCAGCGUCACCGCGAAGGCCUCGCUCAAGAAGACGCCCAUCCUCGGCUGGUUCAUGACCCUGAGCGGUUCCAUCUUCAUCGAUCGCAAGAACACAAAGGAUGCCAGGGAUGUCAUGUCUGGUGCUGCGGAUCAGAUUCGUAAGAGGAACCAGAGCGUCUACAUGUUCCCCGAGGGCACUCGUAGCUACGCAAAGGACCCUGUACUGCUGCCAUUCAAGAAGGGCGCCUUCCACCUCGCUGUUCAGGCCGGCGUGCCCAUCGUUCCUUGCGUCGUCGCCAACUACAGCCACGUUCUCUGGCUCAAGGGCCUUGUCUUCAACUCUGGCAAGAUCCCCGUCAAGGUUCUCGACCCGAUCCCCACGACUGGCCUGACCGCCGCCGAUGUCGACGAGCUUACCCAGAAGACGCGAGAUCUCAUGUUGGAGGAGCUCAUCAGCCUCUCUGAGAAGGCUCAGGGCAGACUUUCGAAGGUUGCUCACGACGCUACUUCCGCGAAGACCACCGGCACCGACGCUGCCACGGAUACCGUCUCGUCCCUAUGA